CGUUGUUACAAAUGACAGUUGUAUUUGAUCGAAUACAAUUCAGACCUGGAACUCAUGCAAAGGAGAUGAUCGAAAAGGCUGGAAUCGAAGAAUCUUGGUAAUUCCGACUGUGACAAAUGAAAGUUGCAAAAUUUCCAAUAAAUGAGAAUUUAUGAAUGUGGAUACAGCGAGAUAUUUUGCGGGGGGUCUUUACUGGAGUUAUCGUGACCCAGGUAGACCAAAAGUCCUCCUUAAUAAUGAGAUUUUGAUUAAGACUGCCAAUGUAAGACUGAAGUACUGAUGCAUAGGAUAAUUGUGUUUGAUGUUAAGUACGGACAGCAUCAAUGGGAAACUGUUUUUCGUGCUUUAAGGUGCCUUUUCCACCAGCCACCACUGAUCACUCCUCGUCAUUGGAACAAAAAGACGAAACAAUGGAACUUAGGGGUUUGUUCCCAAAUUCUUGCCAACAAAGUGGGCCAUUAGUGCCUGAACCACACAUAAAUGGAAACAGAAAAUCCAUCACAACAUUAUCGACAUUCAAUAACGUAGGAUCUGAUAAUUGUGGAUCCAUGCCCAGUGUACAAAAUAAUUUACGGUUGUCAAGAGGAUUUUAUACAUGUUUACCGCCAUUAGGUAGGUCUGGACAGUCAUCUGGACUGACUGUAACAAUUGAAUCAAAACAACAGAGAGAAUCGGAGAGCAAAUUAAAUGCAUUAUUCGACCAAUAUAAGGAUCCGCACAAAGAUGUAAUUUUAGCAGACGGCAUAGAAAGACUUUGCAAUGAUUUACAACUAUCGCCGGACGAAUUUCAAGUACUUGUUCUUGCUUGGAAACUGAAUGCCGAACAGAUGUGCCAAUUUACGCGUCAGGAAUUCGUUGCUGGUUUAAAAGCGAUGAAAGUGGACAGUAUACGUGGUAUACAAACAAGACUACCAGAAAUCGUUCAAGAGUUGUCCAUAAAUAGUGAUUUAUUCAAAGAUCUCUACCGAUUUACGUUCCGUUUUGGCUUGGAUGUUAAUUCAGGCCAAAGGAUAUUACCAGCUGACAUGGCAAUCGUACUGUGGAAGCUUGUCUUUACAUUACGCGAACCGCCUCUUCUAUGUAGAUGGCUGAAGUUUCUCGAGUGCCAUCAUGUUAGAGGUAUACCCAGGGAUACGUGGAACAUGUUUCUGAAUUUUGCCGAAAGCAUUGGCGAUGAUCUUGGUGCCUACGAUGAUGCAGAAGCAUGGCCAAGUUUAUUCGAUGACUUUGUGGAAUAUGAGAAUGAUCAAAUGAACCAGAAUAUCAGUAAAGAUGAUAUCAUGAAAAAUGUAUCUAUCGACAAAGCUUAACGUGGGUGUUUUAAAUUUUUCAUUGUGACAAAGGUAUUAUUAGCUUACAUUUUGAAUUCGAAAUAGGAUUAUUAAAACUCCAGAUCCAGACAGGAUCGUUUAAAAUUCUUUGACCAUGAAACGACUAAAAUAUUUUCUCUAU